CGCCCUCUCUGCCGGAUUACCGCGUGUCUAUGGGAGGUCUGCCCGUUGACUACCUUGUCCUGUAGACGGGAACGGGGGAAGGAGCCCAGACGUGGCAACACAUUCUCAGGCCCCUGCAGAACCGCCAUGGCUUAUGAUGACUCCAAGAGAAAAGAAGACUGCUUAGAGAGUGAUCGAAUUGAUGAGGUGGGACUAGUAGCCGGCAGAACCCAGCGAGAGAAGAAACGUUCCUACAAGGAUCUGCUUCGGGAAGAGGAGGAGACAGCUGCUCAGGUCAGGAAGAAUUCAAAGAAGAGGCUGAAGGAGAGUGAUCUCUUUUUGUUGGGAACAGAGUCUCACAAGAAGAAGAGGAAGCAUUCGUCCAAUGAGUACACUUAUAGAGAUCUUCCUCCUUUUGAGCUUUCCCUGCCUUUGGAGUUGACUUCAAAGAAGAAGAAGAAAGUAGUGCUGAGUCCACCCUCUGCUGACACUGCCAUGGAUCUACUGAAGGCAAUCACCUCCCCUUUGGCCACAGGCUCCAAGUCCUCGAAAAGGCCCUCUGAAAAAUCUUCUCAUUCUUCAUUCCCUGCCUCUGGCUAUUCAGAGGCCAAGAAGGAGCACCACAAGAAAAAGCUGAGCGGGAGCAGCAGCGACCAGCCCUCGGACGAUGGCACGUCCCACAAGUCCAAGAAGACAAAGCCCCCCUAUGUGAACACUGAAAUGCUGACCUUGCGGGAGCCUGAUGGCUUAAAGAUGAAACUCAUCCUGUCACCCAAAGAGAAGGGGGGAAGCCCAGUAGAGGAGCCUUUCCCACAUUCAGCAGCGACCAAAAAACCCUCCAAAAAGUCAGCUCGGGACGACCAAGGCCCGCUCCUCCCAAAUCAUGACGCGCACGGCCUCCUGAAAUCAUCCCGUAAGAAGCACAAGCCCCCUCCAGAGUCGCAUCCACCUCCAGCUGCUGAGAGCUUCAGCCCAGACACGUCCCUUUUCCCAGAAGGCCAAAGCGGUGAGUUUGAGCUCUCUGGCCUGGAACCUCAGCUGGAAUCUGGUUCCUCCUCUGGAGGGGAGCUGGAAGCCGGAGAGCUAGUAAUCGACGAUUCGUACCGGGAGAUAAAGAAGAAGAAGAAGUCAAAGAAGAGUAAAAAGAAGAAAGAUAAGGAGAAACACAAGGACAAGAAGCACUCCAAAUCUAAGAAGAGUCCUGGGCUUUCUUCUUCUUCAGCGGCGGGAGCAGAAGCAUUGGCUCCGCUGCCAGUCCCUCCAACCAGUGCACAGUUUGCUGUUCCUGCUCCUCCUCAUCCCCCUGCGCCGGCACCACUGCCACCGCCGCCACCUCCUGUUUUCCAUACAGAUGGCCAGAGUGAGAAAAAGAAGAAGAAAGAAGAAAAAGAGAAGGCCGAGAAACUGGAAAAAGAAAAGCCAAAGAAGAAAAACAUGUCUGCCUACCAAGUAUUUUGUAAGGAAUAUCGUGUGAACAUUGUGGCUGAGCAUCCAGGAAUAGAUUUUGGUGAUCUGAGCAAAAAGCUGGCAGAAGUUUGGAAACAACUUCCAGAGAAAGAUAAGCUGGUUUGGAAGCAAAAGGCUCAGUAUCUUCAACACAAGCAGAAUAAAGCUGAGGCUACAACAGUGAAGAGGAAAGCAACCUCAUCAGAGGGUGCCCCCAAACUCAAAGCUUCUCUCACAGGUUCACUUUCACCCCAUAAGAAGUCCCCAUCUAGCACUGUAGUGUUAUCUUCUUCACCAGUCAAAGUUCCUGAAACAGAUCCCAUUGAUGUAGCUGCACAUCUGCAAUUACUGGGAGAAUCUCUAAGUCUUAUUGGCCACCGGCUUCAGGAGACAGAGGGGAUGGUGGCUGUAUCAGGAAGCUUAUCAGUGCUUUUGGAUUCGAUUAUCUGUGCCCUAGGCCCUUUAGCGUGCCUGACGUCCCAACUACCUGAACUAAAUGGCUGCCCAAAACAUGUUUUGUCAAACACAUUGGAUAAUAUUGCCUACAUAAUGCCUGGACUCUGACAGGAAAAGGAUCCUGGGAAGUGACCUGCCACCAUGUGACUGCUGUGUGUACAUAUGUGCGGAACUGACAUUUUUCAGAGGGUGUCCAUGUAGAAUUUUAACGUUUUCUGCUUGUAACAUAUAAAAUAGAAUUGUAACGAUUUGACAUGAUUUUAUGGAAAGUUCUGAACUUUAUUUGUGAGAAUUCGAGUACGUUUUUUCCAAUCUGAAUGUUUCCAUAUGACUAGAGUUGGAGAACCUUUUGAUACAUCAGCCUUAACAUGGAAGGCAAAAGAAUUAGGGUGCAACACUAUGCACUUUUGGACAGAAAAAAAGCCCUAAAAUCUCCAACAGUUUCCUGUCUAAACAUGUAUGGGAUUGUAGCUUUGAUGAAUUGGUUUUACUUGGAGAAGUCAAGUAAGUUUGAGGCAAAACUACGGUUGUGGACAGAGCACCGCUGAUAUUUUAGAUAUUAAAAUUUUACUUCUCUGAGAGAAGACAAUUGGAUGGAGAAGGUUAUUGGUUGAAGAGUUAACGUGGUGUUAAAAGGAAUGCCUGGAUGUGUGUUUUUCCUGAGGGCCUGUACUGGCACCAGGAAUCCUCCUUAUUAAAUCUCCCAAUUGUACAUGGGGGAGACUAAUUAGAUUCGGGUGUGGUGAAUGAAAUCUUCUCAAAUUCUUAAGGGAAAUAAGGGCUUUGUAAAAUGAAGGAGUAGGACACCAUGGGAGAAACACGCAUUACCUCUCCAGGAAUUAGAGGAAAGGGAGGGAGGGAGGCUGUUAUGAAAUCCACAACUCCCACCCCCUGGCAUCUUCCAAUUUCUGUAUAAAAUAGUAAUUAAUGGUGCCACCAUAAAAUAAAGGGGGUGGGCUGCCUCUGACACAUAAUUCAAGCUCUGAUUUAGAGUCGCUUAUCACCAGCAAUAUACUGACAGUCCUCCUCUUGUGGUGCUGAUGUAUACGUUGUACAAACAGUGGUUAAGGUGACUUUUAAGGGCUUGUUGCUGAGAGGAGAGAUGCUGAUUGGAUGGAUCCCGUAUCCCAGACAUAGGGUUUCAUGCUCUGAGUGCCUGUAGCUCUUUUGGGAAGCACUUCAUACCUUCCAUACGCUUGUGUGGCUUUUUUAACGCUUGUAUUUGCAUUUUCGUAUAUUUUAUCUGUGGUAGAUUAAUUUAUAAUGUAUAGUCCUGUAUAUAGCUGUAAUUAAAAUAAACAAAAAUUCCUUCCACCAACAAGAUAUGGAAAACAUGAACUAGCUGUUACCAUCUGGAUACCCUGCCAGAAUUGAACUGCCAUUUGUAGUAUCAGGCAUGGACCAGGUUCAGACAAUACAUUGUGGCUCAUUGUGGGCUAUUUAACCUUAAAAUACACUGUGAGUUAUGCAAGAGUUGUUUAAACCUCACAUAACCCACGCUUGCCGGGUUCACACAACAUAACAACCCCCAAGCAGUGGUUGCAUAUUCAAAGUGGCGUCUGUAACUCCCAGCAUGCAUUGCAGCCUCAUUGUGACUUAAAUAACCCUUAUACUGUGCAAACAACCCCUUAGACUCAGAAUAAGAGGAAAUAGUAGCUUGGAGGGGUGGGGAAUGGGUGCUGGUGACUGAUAGAAACAAAAAUGGAAAAUCUUACACUUUGUCCGAAGUCCCCUUGCCACAUAUCAUUAAGUAUCAAAAAGCAGGAUCAUUUUAAAUCUAGGAUUAAAUUCUGUGCACAUUUUUUCCAGGCACUUAACAAGUUUCUUAAGACAACUGGAUUCAUACCCAUACAUUUAAAGAUGUUUUCUCUUAAAUCUCUAGUUUUCCCUGAUUCAACCCAAGGAGGUCAGGCUAGCUGUAGUAGGUGCUAUUCUGUAGAUAAGCUCAUGCGCUGGGGGCUGAUGUCUUGGUUUUCACAGAGCCUAAUCAACCAGAUUUUAUUUAUCUGAACAGUGAAUCAAGCAGCAUUUGAAGGGUGAAGAGAAUUAUGGAGCUAUCUCUUUAACCUGGCAAUUAUUGCUUAUAUCCAAUGAUGUCCUUCUGCUGACAGAUGUUUGAUUGGCGCACCCUCCCACAUAGCCUCCCCACUACAGUCUGCUCCCCUCCCAUGAUGUUCUGAAGGUUCCAGAGGACCUUUCAAACUACAUGGGGGAAUUGGUCAAAAUCACCUUCCUCCCCAUUCCAGUGAUGGAACCCUCUGCUGGAUCAAGGAGUCUUCUGUCAGUGGAGGGACAUCAUUGGAUGCAAGCCUUUAUUUCUAGAGGAGACAUAUGGUAAUAUUUCGCUUAGAGUCAAUAAAUAUGUAGAUCUCAGAUUAAACAUUAGAAGGGGGUCUGCUUCAGUUUUAUCAUCUGCACUAUGGCAAACUUGAAGUUUUUAAACACAACUGUACUGAUGUACUUUUAUUUAAAAAUUUGUAUACAUUUGUAUAAUCUGUAUCUUGUCAUGUUUAGUACUGGAUAGCUUUGGACUUAAACCCUUGUAGGUUUUUUACAUUUGUUAUUUCCUGAAUUAUAGUCCAAAUCGUAUUGUAUAAAUCUUUUGCUAAUGUAUAUAAACUUUUUUUA